AUGGAAUCGCGCAACGGCAGUAAUAUGACGCCCGAAAACGGCAGUGUUUCCCAGGAGCGGCCAUCACAGGCGCUGACGAACGGUGGGUGUCGUUUCUCCGCUACUGGGCGGUUGACGGAGCUGGGCUCAACCAGCAGCUCGCAGUAUUCCUUUGAUACGAUGAAGCAGCUCAAGGAUGUGCUUCGCAAGCGUGAGGAAAUCCCGGCGUUGCGCGUCUUGCCGAAGACGCACCUCCUUCUCCAGCUGCUGCUGCAAGAGCAGUCGGAGCGCGAGCUUUUCACCCACCAGGAGCGGAUGUUUCGCCAGCAGAUUGUCCACAAGCGUGACGAGGACCGCCUCAAGAAGGAGGAGCAGCGCCUGCAGCAACGUAACCGAGAGCGGUUUGAUGAGCUGAAGAGGAAGCAGGCGGAGGAGCUUGCGGCGAAGAAGGAGGUUGUGACCACCUUCCAGAAGCAGCUUGACGUCGAGGUGAAGGAGAAGCUAAAGCUUGUGUGCAUGCUGCAGCCCCGCAUGAACGUCGCUGCGGCGGUGGUGGCGGAGAUCAAGUGCGAGGGCAGCCCGUGCACGCUGCUGCCGGACCUCAUGGAGGAGGAGAAGCGCGUGGCGAAGGCGCUCAAGACAGACAGCCGCCAUAGCAAGACGUCCGCCGACUGCGGCGCGGUGCCGCACUGGAUGCGCACGUGCGUCGCUGGCUCGUACAACGUCGCGGCGAUCCUGCAGGACGCGCCGUACCGGGCGACGGUGGAGGACGCUAUCAAGGUGCCCAACGCGGCGCUGCGCAAGCUCGUCGUGGUGCGACACGUCGGCGAUGACGGGCGCGUGGCUG